AUGACGCUCGCAAUUCUCUGGCACAGGCUGUAUGUCCACCAUAGACUAGCCACCGUUGACAUCCUGUCUACAAGGAAUCCGUCGCUUGCGGCACUAGUGCUCAGAGACGGCACGGUUCAAUUGACAGCUAUACUACUACUGGACUUAGUUGCAACCGUAAUGAACUUCCUGGAUGUUGAUGCUGCAGCUGUUGUCGUUUACAGACUCACUCCCGUUCUGGUCUCUCGUGUCCUCCUCAACGUCCGAGCCGCAGCGCGGUCCACACGUGGAGAGCAGUCCGAAACGCCCUCCUUUGUCCGGUCGAAGCAUGAGCUCGAGGCACAAGGGGACGUCGAGAACAUGUCAUUCGAACUGAACAUCCUCAACAGCACCGAACAAGCCCAGGACACCGAUCGCGCUCACCCACGAGACUCUUUGAAACAUGAUGAAAUGAUCGCCGAACCGCGCAGCAUCGCGGACGAUGUUGCUGCCGUUGGUGAUGCUCAUCAGGACGUGGGCGAGGCAGAAGCGACGGACGAAAUCGAGGAAGAGAUGGUGCCGGAUGGGGAGAACGAUGCGUGAGGGGAGAGAAUGGGUCUCCAAGCCGAGUUGUCAGGUUCACUGUGAUCGUCCAUUUACUUCCUAUUUGUAAGUGGCACAUUGAUCCUCAUACGCUCCGUAUCAUCCGGCUGCAUUCGCAGAUUUUCUCCGCAUAAUCUUCCCCGGUGU